AUGGGGUUGCAGCCGCUUUCGAACUGCUUUCCCUGUGGGCUGCUGCUGCAGGGAAUCGACUUGAAAAACAGAGGCCGCACCAAGAAGCACGGCCGCCGCGCCUUGGUUUCCAAAAACCCUUACCUGCGGCUGGCCGUGAAGCUCUACCAGUUCCUGGCGCGGCGCACCAACAGCAACUUCAACAAAGUCAUUCUCAAGCGCCUGAUGGCCCCGCGGCGCCUCCGCGCGCCGCUCUCGCUUUCCAAGUUGGCGCUGCGAAUGCGCAAAGAGGCCAACAAGACUGCAGUCGUCGUCGGCAGCGUCGUCGACGACCCCCGGACGCUGCAAAUCCCCCCCAUGGCCGUCUGCGCGCUGCGCUUCUCGGAAGCCGCGCGGCGGCGCAUUUUGGCCGCGGGCGGCGAAUGCCUCGCCUUCGACCAGUUGGCCCUGAGGGCCCCCAAGGGGGCCCACUGCGUGCUGCUGAGGGGCCCCCUGCUGCGCGAAACUGACAAACACUUCGGGCCAGCUCCAGGUCCUGCUGCUGCUGCUGCUGCUGCUGCUGCUGCUGCUGGGAGUGGUGCUGCUGCUGCUGCUGCUGGGAGUGGUGGUGGUUGUGGUGGUGGUGGUGUAGUGGUGGUGGUGGUGGUACACCCCACUCCCACACGAAGCCCCGCGUCCGCUCCAAAGGCCGGAAGUUCGAAAUGGCCAGAGGCCGCAGAAAGUCCAGAGGCUACAAGAACUGAUGCAGCAGCAGCAGCAGCAGCAGCAGCAGCUGCAGCAGCAGCAGCAGCAGCAGCACUUCUGGAGGCGGGGCUGCUGCGUCGCACAGUUUUGCUCCCCGGGGAGGGCCAGGGGGGGGCCCCGGGGGGCCCCUGGCUUUCCGCCGCUGCAGCGCAGGCCCGCGGGGAACCUGCUGCUGCUGCUGAGCAGCAGCAGCAGCAGCAGCAGCAGCAGCAGCAGCAGCAGCUGCUGCUGCUGCUGCUGCUGGGACGGACUGGACGCAUGCAGCGCCGAACUUCAGUUCAAGUUUUCGAAAUUUAG